CAUGGAGCAACAAGUUAUGAAGCCAUGGCUGUAUACGGAUGGACUGUCGCUGUGUUUUGAAACAUUUUGCGGAUCGCAGCUGCCUUCUAGAAGCUCUUUUGCAGAUCAGCUAUCGGCCCGCCCCACUAACAAUGUGCUGCGAGACGGACUUUACAGCGCUACUUCCACUAACCCAACCAUCAGCAGCAACAACAACCUAAGAACCUAUGGUACCUAAUCGACUUUGAUACCGCCGUUGUGUCAUCACCCACUACUCCUAGAUAUAAACGCUGUUCCGACGCUCGGUAAUCACCAGCCAGUCAUUCAUCGGUCACAGAUCACUGGAACAUGGCAAGCAAUGCGCGGCCCGCCCAGCCCAAGACGAUUCUGCGAGGCCACAAGACACCGGUGCAGGUGGCUGCCUUCGUUCGAAACAAUGAGCGCCUCUUGACCGGUGAUUCCGACGGCUUUGUUGUGGCAUGGGACCUGACCAUCAUGCGUCCGAGGGCCGUUUGGCAAGCUCAUACGGCCUCCAUACUAGGCAUCGCAGGCUGGGGACACGAUCGCAUCAUCACACACGGAAGAGACAACAGACUGGUGGUCUGGAAGUUGACCGCCGAACACGAAAAUGUCCUCAGUACAAGCCUUCCCCUAGACCCAUCCUCACAGCCCCGUCCAAAGCCAUGGAUGCUUCACGUGCUUCAGAUCAGCACCAUGAACUUUUGUUCAUUCUCGUAUUGUCCCGCAUACCCAGACACCAGUCCGGCCGCAGCAGCAGCAGAUGAAAUUCUCCUCGCGGUACCCAACACCCUCUCCUCGGAAUCUAUCGACAUCUUUCACCUCCCCUCCCUCGCUCGAAAGCACACGGUUGGCUUGCCCACCUCCUCGUCACCCGACCAGAAGAAUGGCAUGGCCAUGUCCCUCUCCCUCUUCCACCACCCCACAAGCCAUCACCUAACCCUGGUCGCCGGGUACGAACGCGGUCUCGCGGCAGUCUACCAACUCGACCCUAACACGUCAAAAUGGGCAGUAACCUACCAAUCCAACCCUCACACCCAGCCAAUCCUGUCUCUUGACGUCUCCCCAGAUGAGUCAUUCUUCCUCUCGUCAGGAGCAGACGCCACCAUAGCCAAACACCCCAUCCCGUCUUGUCCUCCUUCCUCGGGAAUAAUCCAAGACCCCAUCUUGACGAUCAACACCCGCCACGCCGGACAACAGUCCCUCCGCAUCCGCUCCGACAACCUCAUCUUUGCCACCGCAGGCUGGGACUCGAUGGUGAGGGUCUACAGCGUCAAGACGAUGAAGGAGCUCGCGGUGCUAAAGUGGCACCAGCAGGGGUGUUACGCCGUUGCUUUCGCUGCUGCCAACACCUCUCCAACCACUUCUCCUCCUCAAGAGGAACCCCCCAGACCAGACGACAAGAAGCCCGAGGGGAGUCACAGCAAGGAGGUUACCACGCAAGUCCCCAAGAUGUUGGUCGAACAAACACCCAAACAAAAACGCCUCCACCAAGCCAGAACCGCCCGCUGGCUCGCGGCAGGGAGCAAGGAUGGGAGGGUGAGCUUGUGGGAUGUGUACUAGAUAUUCGACUACCACAUAGCACUGAGCACGUAUCAUGUCAAUAAGUCGGGUCCAUCAUAGAGCCAGUCAGACGCGGACCUAUUGCAGGAUGGAUGGGAUGUAUUCUAGAUACCACAACGUAUCCUAGCUAAGCAAAACCUCAGCUGUCUCAACGUAUCCCUUCCUCCCACAAGAAUUGUCUCGGGCAGGUACCUACCCGACUC